CAUCUCUCAUGGCGACAGUACUCCAACCAACAUUCCUCAGAGUCGUCACCGGCCCGGCGCCGGCGGAGCCAACUCGCCAGAUACAUGUCGUACUCUGUGGGAAGGCCAAAGACGAGUCCAUAUUCCAGGAGAAGAAGCAGGUCUCUGUUGACUACGACCGGGGCAAGCACGAGGUCUACACCAGCCUCAGUGGCCUCAGGAAGGACCACAUCCCCAAACGGUAUCGUUUGCGAGUCGAAACCGAACGGUUCCAGAAGGACUGGGCCGUGUCCGAGGUGGCUGAUCGGGUUUCGGAGCUCAAUAACUCGGAUGACAUCGAAGGCUUGCUCAACCACUGGGUCGGACGCUUCGCCAGGAAGAAUUUCCCUCUUCUUAUUAAAGAGAUGACGCGGAGGGGUUCGCUUGAGAAAUCCGUGCGAGUUUUCAACUGGAUGAAGAAACAGAGAAACUAUUGUGCUCGGAACGAUAUAUACAACAUGAUGAUCAGGUUGCAUGCCAGGCAUAAUCGUACUGAUCAAGCUCGCGGUUUAUUUUUCGAGAUGCAAGAAUGGAGGUGUAAGCCUGAUGCCGAAACGUAUAAUGCUUUAAUAAAUGCACAUGGUCGAGCAGGACAAUGGCGUUGGGCCAUGAAUAUCAUGGAAGACAUGUUCCGUGCAGCUAUCCCUCCUAGUCGGUCCACAUAUAAUAACCUGAUCAAUGCAUGUGGGUCUAGUGGAAAUUGGAAGGAAGCUCUGAAAGUGUGCAAGAAAAUGACAGAUAAUGGAGUUGGACCGGAUCUUGUAACUCACAACAUUGUUUUGUCUUCCUUCAAAAAUGGAGCACAAUAUUCAAAAGCUUUAUCUUAUUUUGAACUUAUGAAGGGAACACACAUCCGUCCAGACACAACGACUGUUAAUAUUGUGAUCCAUUGCCUGAUAAAGCUUGGGCAAUAUGGAAAAGCCAUUGAGAUCUUCAAUUCCAUGAGAAAUAAGAGAGCAGAAUGUCAUCCUGAUGUUGUAACAUUCACCAGCAUUGUUCAUAUGUAUUCUCUAUGUGGAGAGAUUGAAAACUGUAAGGCUGUGUUCUCUACAAUGGUUGCAGAAGGCUUGAAACCUAAUAUUGUUUCAUUUAAUGCAUUAUUAGGUGCAUAUGCUUCACAUGGUAUGCACAAAGAGGCAUCAUCUGUUUUUGAUGAAAUAAAGCAAUCAGGUUGUCAACCUGAUGUUGUAUCAUAUACAUCUUUACUCAAUGCUUAUGGACGAUCACAGCAACCUAAAAAGGCAAGGGCAGUAUUUGACAUGAUGAAGAGAAACAACCUGAAGCCAAAUCUUGUGAGUUACAAUGCACUGAUCGAUGCCUAUGGAUCUAAUGGCUUCUUAGCUGAAGCUGUUAAAGUGUUGCGUGAGAUGGAGGAAAAUGGCAUUGAGCCAAAUAUUGUGUCAAUUUGCACCCUCUUGGCUGCCUGUGGGCGAUGUGGUCAGAAGGUGAACAUUGAUGCUGUGCUUUCAGCAGCUAAGAUGCGAGGCAUCAAAUUGAACACAAUUGCAUAUAAUUCAGCUAUUGGAAGCUAUAUGAAUUUGGGGGAGCUUGAGAAAGCUAUAAAUCUGUAUGGAUCUAUGAGGAAGAAGAAAGUUAAACCAGAUUCUGUUACUUGUACUUUAUUGAUAAGUGGCUGUUGUAGGAUGUCAAAAUACAGUGAUGCACUUGCUUUUUAUGGGGAAAUGAUGGAUUUAAAAAUUCCUUUGUCCAAUGAGGUUUAUUCAUCUGUUAUCUGUGCUUACAGCAAACAGGGCCAACUUGGAGAUGCAGAAUCUGUCUUCAACCUGAUGAAGAUGCAUGGGUGUAAGCCCGAUGUAGUUACAUAUACUGCAAUGCUACAUGCAUACAAUGCUGCAGAGAAUUGGGAGAAGGCUAGUACACUUUUUCAAGAAAUGGAAACAAAUUGCAUUGAUCUAGAUUCUAUUUCUUGUUCGGCUCUGAUGAGAGCUUUCAAUAAAGUUGGUCAACCAUCCAAGGUUCUACAUUUGGCGGAAGUUAUGAAAGGAAAAGAUAUUCCUUUAAAUGAUUCCAUUUUCUUUGAAAUGGUAUCAGCAUGUAGCCUGUUACGAGAUUGGCGUACUACAGUUGACCUUAUUAAGUUGAUGGAGCCUUCAUUUAGCGUAGUUUCAACUGGACUUAUCAAUCAGCUUCUCCAUUUUCUUGGAAGAAGUGGGAAGGUGGAAAUUAUGAUGAAGUUAUUCUACAAGAUAGUGGCAUCUGGUGCUGAUGUCAAUAUCAAUACAUAUUCAAUUUUGCUGAAAAAUCUCUUGACAGCUGGAAAUUGGAGAAAAUAUAUUGAGGUAUUAGAAUGGAUGGAGGAUGCGGGAAUCCAACCUUCAAACGUAAUGUACCAGGAUAUAUCCUCUUUUGCAGAAAAAAGUGUUGGGGCUGAUCAUGCUGCUAUCAUAAAAGAAAGAAUAGGAUACACGAAAAGAAAAGCUGGGAAUCAAGGUUCAACUACCAGGCUGCAUUAUCCUAGUUGUCCUCUCUCCGCUUUAUAAUUGGAAUGAAAGUGCAGCACCACAACCUUUUGAAAUCAACCAUGGAUGUUAUCAGUCAUAUCCAGUUCCACUGUUCCAGAUUUCUGCAUGGUGAAGUUAUCUGAGAAAUCCAAACUUUUAUGGGUUCAGAAUGCGUAAAUGCAAAUGCAGGAGAUGAAGCACCGUCAAAGUUUAGUGAUUACAGUUCAUUGAACUUGAAGAGAGAGUUGCAUGUAAUUUUUGGUGGUUGGAAAUACGGAUAGGAUGUACAGUGAUCGUACAUUGGACUUAGAUUUAAUGUACAUUUUAUUGAUCUUUUUCUCUGUA